AUGGCGGACAAGGAAAAAAGCACAAACGAUUUGUCUAUCCGCCCUUUGUCACACAAAAUUGAUGGGAACCCGACUUCCAAUUGGGGUUUCUCAGCUCCGCGGAAUUUCUCACGUCAUUCAAAACUGGAAGACCGUAUCUGUUUGGAGUUCUCCAAAAACGUAAAAUCAGUCUACUAUGCUGCUGCUAUUCAUGAACUAUUCAUGGACAUGGCGCACAAAAUUAGUGAAGGGUUGGGUUUAAAGAAUGUUUCUUUUGAGGGAUGGCCACGCCAGUUUAGGUUUAACAAGUACAACUUCACGCCGGAAACUAUAGGUUCCACUGGGGUACCUUCACACAUAGACACAUAUUUUCUCACUAUACUACAGGAUGAUGAAAAUGUCAGUGGUCUUGAAGUCAUGAAUAAAUCUGGCCAAUUUGUAGUAGUUGAAUCCUGGCCAAACUCCCUCGUUGUCAACGUGGGAGAUGUAACCAAACUGCUGCCAAUGAUGAUCAACUACAACCCACCACUCAAACAAUAG